CAGGUUAUGAAAAAGAAAGCAAAAAGGUUUGACUCACUGUGUGUUUCACAAUCACCAUGUGUGUUUAUCAUACAAUGGUAGUGCUUGAAAAUCCGUAUGAAAUUCUGUUAACAGUGGAAAUAUGGUGGAAGACUAUAGAAAACAAAGUCAACACCAGUCAAAAAGUGGAUGCAGAUCUCUUCGUUCAUGUGUUACAUUCACGGUUUUCCUGGUCCUGUUCCUGUGCUACUACAUCGUCCCCAAUGAAUUCUCAGCAUCUUGGGCUUUAACAGUUGGAUUAUUUCUUCCAGAGAAAUAUACAAGUCAAGCAAUCAACUUUUCACUGAAAAGAGUGUCGGCAAUGUCUGCAGAAACAUGGAAGACCCUGGAACCAUAUUAUGUGGCUUACCCAUACAAGUAUAAUUUUGUUUUGAAUGAACCAGAUAAGUGCCAGAAGGAAAAUUCAUUUAUUGUAUUAAUUGUACCAGUAGCUCCAGGCAAUACAGCUGCUCGGGACGCCAUUCGUUCAACUUGGGGAUCACAGAGGUUAGUUGGGGACAAGACUGUGAGCACAUUAUUUAUGUUGGGUCUACCCACUUCAGAAGAAAGAGAAACGAUCCAAAAAGAUUUGCUACAGGAAAGUGCAAAGUAUCGUGACCUUAUACAAAGUGAUUUCUGGGACAGUUACAAAAAUCUCACAAUUAAGACCAUGGUAAUACUAGAAUGGUUGACUGGUUACUGUCAGUAUGCCUCCUACGCAAUGAAAGUUGAUUCAGAUGUGUUUCUCAAUGUGGAAAACUUAGUGAAUAUGCUAAUUUCUGCACCAAAGCACAACUACAUGUCUGGACUUGUGUCUAGGAAAUCAAUAGUAGUGAGAGAUCCCCAAUCUAAAUGGUAUAUUCCAAAAGAUGUUUACGACCAACCUUUAUAUCCACCCUACGCUCUGGGUUUGGGAUAUGUUUUCUCUUUAGACUUGCCAGUGAAACUUGUUAAAGCAGCACAACUUAUCAAAGCGGUUUACCUAGAGGAUGUAUUUCUAGGUCUGUGUAUGACACAUUUAGGGAUUGCUCUAACUGAUCCACCUGAUGGAAACUUGUUCAGUGUCUUUCCUGUAGAAUACAACCGCUGCCGCUAUUCAAAACUCAUUGCUACAACAACACAAAGCUUGAGAGACCAAGUGGAGUUUUGGAAGGAUUUACAGAGACCUGGUCCAUAUUGUUAAACACAAACAGGUCACAUGACUUAUUUGUUUUUGUGCUGUUACAUACAUGUACAGAUUGUUUUUUAUAAUAACUACUAUUGAAUGGUAGUAUCAGAACAAAUGGCAGUUUUAGUAAAAUAAAAUAUUUUGGCAUAUACACCUUUGGUAACACUUUGUAUUUUGGUGUCCUGGUUACAAAUGUUGCAUGUACUUGCCAUAUUAAUAACAAUAAAUUAUGCAUAGCCACAUGAAACUAACCCUUAACCAAACCCUCAUUCAAACACUAACAAGUGUACUAAGUACAUGUAGUUAAUUAAUCAGUAGUUAAAUGUAUAAUGUAUACCUGUAACAAAGAAAUUGUAAAAUAAAGUGUAACCACAAUUAUAAUGGCUCAUGAUUUCCGUCACUUUUUUUAUUUAUUUUUUAGAAUGAAGGGCCAGGUCUGCUGUUCAGCUUUUCAAAGAAAAAUAAUAAUAAUAAUAAUAAUAAUAAAUGAUAUACUCUAUGCAAAGAAGAGGCCAUAGCUUAGGCUAAGACAUCUGUUA